AUGACGGCUGACGGAACGCUUCGAGACGCUGAGGGGAAUCUGCGCGGGAAUGGUGCUGUGAAUGGUAGUUGGAAUCACACACAUGGUCGUGCCGGGAAUGAGCGCUUUGGCGGGGCGGCCCCGGACUGUUCGGAGUCUCGAAUUGUUGGACACUAUGUCUCGACCCGGACCCACGCCCCUCCCUACCGCGGCGCACACCUCGUCUACUGGCCGUAUCGUGUUGGAAAUAGCGGUGGGCACGAAAUGGCUCCCGAUGCAACAGGGUCACCAAAGGGUGUCGUCGCGACCGAGAUCCCAUUUUCCACCCAGGACACAGCAUGCGAGGAGAACAUCGACACCGAUCAAAAUAGGAGAGCCCCGGUCAAUCGCCCAGCAUAUCGCGGUCAUCGCCGUUGUCCUUCUGGUACUUUUUCCAUUCGCAAUGGGCUACCGAUAUUUCCGAAGGAGGAAGGACACCGCGCAUCAAAAAUUUCUAGGCAAGCAAGCACUCCAGGCGCCGAAAAUCAAGACCCGGAUUCCACCCCAAAAGAUGGGACGCACGCUCUAAGCAAGAAGCCAACAAGCCGCAACCUGUUGACCCGGAUUCUGGUUAGGCUGAAGCUGACCCCGCCCUCACCCGGGCUGCUUCUCUCCGAGGAUCGCUUGCUGGUCGAACUUGACGUACUAUUUUUGCACAAGAACGGCCAGAAGUCGGCGGCCAUGGAGCGCAAUGACAAUUUCGGCAAUAACUGGCGUCGCGACGGACAGCCACCACCAGAUAUGAAUCGUGGAUACGGGCAAGGCUGGAACGAUGCAAUGAGUGCAAGAUACUCAUGGUACGGACAAAUCCCUCCACAGCUACAAAUGCCGCUGGCCCCUAAUGGACUACUGCCACCUCUUCUCCCUGGAGUGUACGCGAAUCCAAUGGCUGGUCGUCUUCCACCACCGAUGGCUGCCGGCUUCUUUCCGCAUCAAAUGCCGGCACUGAUGCAGAACCAAAUGCAAAUUGGCCCGAAUCCCAAUAUGAUGACAGCCUUAGGUGCUCCGACAAUUGCCAUGCUUGCUCAGCAACCCCAGCCCUUUCGCACCUUCGGCCCGAACAGCGUUAUCUCUGCGCCCCCUACUCUUCCUUACGCUUCGAUGCUAGCUGCUCCUCAGCAACCGUACCCGGGGUUGUCGCCACAGAUUCAGGGUCGUACUUCGUCGACGUCAGGCCGUCACGGAGCAUUUCGACGGCCGAGGACACUUCCCGCCCCUCCGAGCCAUCCAUAUUCGAAAUCGCGCCAGAAGCGUGGGAAUCAGUCCAUGCCAGUCUUGACUCCUCAGCAGCCAAUUCAACAGCAGCCAAUUCAGGAGCAGCCGGAGCAACCACAAACUGUUCAAGUACAGCAGCAGCCCCUCGUACAGCAGCAAGCAGCCCCGACCGGCGAAGAAAUUCUGGUUGCUCGCAUGUUGGCCCACCUUUCAAUGCUCAAUCUCAAUCCUCGGCCCAACAAUAACAGUCAAAAUGUCGUUGCUGUAUCGACUCCAGCGCCUCGAUGUCCAUGGCGCAGCGCCACCCCUCCGAUGAUUGAUGGUCAGCCCGGGUACACCACGGUUCUCCCGAUCUGUAGCCAACCCGCUUUCAACCCCAGCUUGUGGCCAGCCUCUCAGGCGCAGUGGAUGCGCGCUUUCAACCAAAACAACCCGCUGCCAGAGACGAAUUCAAUUGUCAACCCUACACCGACUGCUUGGCCUCUGGCUGGUGCUCAGCUUCCGCCGUUGAUGAACAACGCCGUUCAACAGGUGAAUGGCCUGGAGGAAUUCCUCAAUGGACUCAAUAACGUCUCUUCAUCGACAGGGAACAGCAGCAACUUUGCCGCGGACCACAUAAGGCAAGCGAUUCCGAAG